AUGCUAGUAAAGGAAUCUACCCACGAUGUGAAGACGACUGUCGCCGGAGAGGGGCAGAUGAGAAUAUACGUCUUCCAUCCCACUAUCCCAGGCUAUCCCAGUGCAAAGUUCCCGGGAGUAGUAGUCUUCAGCGAGAUAUACCAAGUUACUGGCCCGGUUGCACGGUUUGCGCGCAUGAUAGCUGGCCAGGGAUAUAUCUGUGCUGCACCAUCAAGCUACCAUGAAUUCACCGGCCCCGAGCCACUGCAGUAUAAUGCCGAGGAUACGGAUAACGGCAACAAAUGGAAGAUCACUAAGAAACUAGCCGCGUAUGAUGAGGAUGCUCGUCUUUGCGUGGACUACCUGCUUUCCCUACCUACUUGCAACGGUCGCGUGGGUGCCACUGGAAUGUGCCUGGGAGGCCAUCUGGCGUACAGAUGUGCACUCGACUCACGUAUCCAGGCUGCCGUGUGUUACUUUGCAACCGAUAUCCACAGUCAUUCGCUCGGAGAAGGGAAAAAUGAUGACUCUCUCCAGCGAGCAGGUGAUAUCAAAGGGGAACUAGUAAUGAUCUUCGGCAAGAAUGACAACCACGUCCCAGCGCCAGGUCGAGAUUUGAUUCGUAGCACCCUACAUGAAAAGGGUGUCUGCUUCAGUUUCUAUGAAGCUGCUUGGGCACAGCAUGCAUUUAUCAGGGACGAGCUAAGCAAAGGUCGGUAUGAUCCAGCACUAACCAAGGUGUGCGCCGAGAUGAUGUUUGAAGUCUUUGGGCGUACUUUGAAAGUUGAGCUAGGCGAGGGAGACGGCAAGGAGCUCGUUGUUGAAAACGUGUGCUAG